AUGUAUCAAGAAAAACAAAUAAAAGAAAACUCAUCUUCAGGAGCCUGGAACAUCUGCAUCUUGCUAGCUAGAGACAAGAUGUCAAGGCCUGAAAGGCGAACAGCACUCACAGCAGGCAAACGUUGCCAUUAUCGCAUCGAUAUCACUGUACUCAGUGAGACCAGGCUUGCAGACGAGGGUUCAUUACAGGAAGCAGACAAGGGUGGACAUCUUUUUUUGGAUCAGUGGCUGACCUACCAGUGGGAUACAGAAAACAUUCUGGUGAUGGUAGUGAUAUCACUGGAAGGAAGACAUCCCAUAUUAAGGCCACACCCUCCAGUUGUAGGCCAUGUGAGCCAUCAUAAUAUUGAACUGAGUUGGGACUUGGAACAACAACGAAAAGGUCCUCAAGAGCAAUGGCUAAAAUUUUCAGUUGAAGAAGAAGACCCUAAGUUGCAUAAAUAUGGUUUGAUUUACACGGGAUAUGCCCGACAGCAUAUAGUGGAAGGUCUUGAGCCCAGAACAACUUACAGAUUUCGGCUUAAAGUCACAGACCCUGAAGGAGAAUCUGUUUAUAGUUCACCUAUUUGUGUAACGACAACAAGUGAACCAAUGAGUGGGGAGCAGCUCCACCGUGCUGUAAGCAGGAAUGAUACAGACGAUGUUACUCAUAUUCUUCAAGGAAGGCAAGUUGUUGUAGAUACACUCAAUAAACUAGGACUUACAGCUUUGAUGGUUGCUUCACAAAAAGGAUAUGCAAGUCUUGUACAGAUUUUGGUAGAAAAAGGAGCAGAUGUGAACAUGAAAAAUUCCAGUGGAAAAGACAGCUUAAUGAUAGCUUGUUUUGCUGGUCACCUGGAUAUUGUCCAGUACCUCAGAUCCCAAGGAGCUUCCUGGCUAUCCAGGGAUUUUGGGGGAUGUACAGCUAUGCAUUGGGCUACUGACGGAGGACACUGUGAUGUUAUUGAAUGGAUGAUCCAGGAUGGUUGUGAGGUUGACUCUAAAGACUCUGGCUUGGAAUGGACUCCACUGUUAAGAUUAUGUGCAUUAACUGGAAAAACAGACGUAGCUACACUUUUAAUAGACGCUGGAGCUAAUGUGAACAUAAAAGAUAAGGAUGGCAAGACACCUUUGAUGGUGGCAGCUUUAAAUAAUCAAGAAGAUUUGGUUGCAUUAUUAUUAGAGAGGGGAGCAGAUCCUGAUAUUAAAAAUGAGUUUGGUAAGGGUGCUCUGGAAAUGGCUAGAGGCUUGAACAGACAGAGUGUGGUUUCAAUAAUAGAAGAAAAGAAAAAGCAAUUAAGCAGUGUGUCUGUUGAUCUUGCUGCAUCUACCCCUUCACGCUUAUUUGAAGAAAGUGCAUCUUAAUCUUUCUUGCCAGGAAG